AUGUCAAGAAACCGAAGCUCCUUGAGCAAGUUCGAGGCCCUGAUGGUGCUAAGUUUAACGGUACUCGUUCAACUGGACGUCUGUUGGUGCACGCCGUCUCACAGAAGCAGACAUCAUGCGGACAUGUCCUACGAGGAUACGAAGAAUUUCCGAAGCAGCGAGGAGCUGCCUAGACCAGCCGCCCUCAAUUCGAACGACGAUCCGCUGGUAGUACAAACCAGAAAGGGCAAGGUCAAGGGUAAGACCAUGACUGCCACCACGGGAAAGGAGGUCGACGCCUGGUUCGGGAUCCCUUACGCGCAGAAACCUCUCGGAGCUCUGAGGUUCCGGCAUCCGAGACCGGCGGAACGUUGGUCGGGAACCCUAAACGCAACUACGCUACCGAAUAGCUGCGUGCAGAUUCUGGACACGGUGUUCGGCGACUUCGCAGGUGCGACUAUGUGGAAUCCAAACACACCAUUGAGCGAGGACUGUCUUUACGUGAACGUGGUCGCGCCACGGCCUAGGCCUACCAAUGCCGCUGUUAUGGUAUGGAUAUUCGGUGGUGGCUUUUACUCCGGAUCGGCGACCCUCGACGUUUACGAUCACAAAACCCUGGUGUCCGAGGAGAAUGUGAUUCUAGUCUCGAUGCAGUAUCGAGUCGCCAGCCUGGGUUUCCUGUACUUCGGAACGUCGGAUGUUCCUGGGAACGCCGGUCUGUUUGAUCAGAUGAUGGCCCUUCAGUGGGUCCGCGACAAUAUCGCUGCCUUUGGCGGAAAUCCUGACAACGUGACCCUGUUCGGAGAGAGCGCGGGCGCCGUUUCCGUUUCUAUGCACCUCCUUUCGCCUCUAUCAAGGCAUCUCUUCAGUCAAGCCAUCAUGCAGUCUGGCUCUCCAACAGCACCAUGGGCCAUCAUCUCGCGCGAGGAAUCGAUCAUGCGCGGCAUUCGAUUGGCAGAAGCUGUCGGUUGUCCUCACGAUCGCGACAACUUGCAAGAGGUGAUCGAUUGUCUGCUGAUCAAGGAUCCGAUUGAAUUGGUGAAGAACGAAUGGGGCACCCUGGGCAUCUGCGAGUUUCCGUUCGUUCCCGUGAUCGACGGCGCCUUUCUCGACGAGACGCCACAACGCUCGCUGGCCACCUCGUCCUUCAAAAAGGCCAACAUCAUGAUGGGCUCGAACACCGAGGAAGGUUUCUACUUUAUUAUUUACUAUCUCACCGAGCUGUUUCGCAUCGAUAUGGCCGAGGAUGUAAAAGUCAGCAGGGAACAGUUCGUUAGCGCCGUUACCGAAUUAAAUCCGUACGUCAAUCAGUUCGGAAGGCACGCCAUUAUCUACGAGUACACGGACUGGCUACGUCCGGACGACCCUCACAUGAAUCGCGACGCCCUGGAUAAAAUCGUCGGCGACUAUCAAUUCACUUGCAACGUGAACGAAUUUGCUGGCCGUUACGCCGAUACGGGGAACACCGUUUACAUGUAUUAUUACAAACACAGAUCGGCGAACAACCCAUGGCCAAGAUGGACCGGUGUGAUGCACGCGGACGAAAUCAGCUACAUCUUUGGCGAGCCGUUGGAUUCUUCGAAAGGAUACAUGCCCGAGGAGAUAAAUUUGUCCAAGAGAAUGAUGAGAUAUUGGGCGAACUUUGCAAAAACAGGGGAUCCGAACGUCGGAGAUGUCGAGUCAUGGACGCAGACCUAUUGGCCACCGCACACUGCCGCCAAAAAGGAAUACCUGACGUUGGAUACCAACAGUUCCGAAAUCGGAAACGGACCUAGAGCGAGGCAGUGCACUUUUUGGAAGAAAUACCUUCCGCAACUCCUCGCCGCUACUUCGAAACUGGAACUUAGUCAGAAGAUGGCAUGUAGCGGUACGAGAGUAACCGACGGAGGACAUCUGUUCCUGAUGUUGAGCCUGCUGCUAAUCGGUACCCUGUUCAGUCAUAGGAUCGCGAUUCAAUCGGAUGCGAACAGUGUGCCGGAGAUGAUCGACCCCAGGGGCUUCGUCUAGCUUCCGCAGUUAGCUCUUUGGAUCGUUCUCGAUCGUCCGGGAAGAGGCCAAUGGAACGCGAAUACGGACCAGCGAAACGAUCGACGACCUUCUAAAGCGUGUAAACGAAUCAAUGGCAUCGUUCGUUGAUAUCUCGAGGCGAUUCGAAGCGAGACAGACACAUAUCAAUGCAGCGGAGGGCGCUCGAUCGACCCACUAUACACGAUCGUCUUGUCACCGGUUCGCUAGUGAGAAAGAUCUUGUAGAUCGAGAGACAAAUCUACGUCGUCCCUUAGAGGAGGGGACGCGGCAGAAACUAUACGCUAGACAAAGGACUCGAAGAUUUCCUUGAAUCGACGUAAUCGAUCACCGACGAGUGUCGUUUUAUCGUUCUGCAAUUUUAGUCGUUCCUCUAUUCUCAGUCUUUCGAGAACGCGAUCGACAAAGUCCUCGCGAAUCGAGAACGCGACCGUGGUUGAUAUCGUUGGUGGAGUCGCAGUACAUGGAGAAAAUAGCAAUCGUAAAGAUAUAACGUACGCGCCGAAUCGAAAGUUACUACGCGUAUCGCACGUUUCCAGGUACGGGACACGCGACGCGCGACACGCUCUCGGUCGAGCAAGACGCUUCUAGUUGUAAGAACGACGCCAACAUCCUAAAACCAUCAAUUGGUCCCUCGUAAAUCGUCUGACCUACUCCGACAGCGACUACUCACGCGACCAAUGUAAAAUCACGCUCGUACCGCGCUUUAUUCCGCGUUUGCAAUUUCACUCGGGUAUCGCAAAUUUAUUCGUCUGUCUCGUAGUUGGUUCUUGAAACUUAGAAUUUCCAUGGGGAUCAACGGGGAACGUAACGUAAGUACAGCGUAACGCGCCACUAAUUUCAUCGACCCGUUGCACCUGAGAGGAAAAAAAAUACGCUACAAAAUAGAAUUUGAUGGCAGGCAGACAGCGUACACGCUCUUCCCGUACGUUCUAGUUUUUGAUUAACGCCACGGCAAUAUAGGUCACUGCAUCGGUGCUUUUAUUUUACAAGCGAGAUCACCGCCGUGGACCUGCACGUUAUCGCGAAACGCACUCGGCCCCUGGAUGUUUAAUCUACCCGCGACAGGAUAAUCCGCGCGCUAUUCGCUGAAAAUAUCAUCGCACAAACGAUCGUUAUCCUUUAGCUCAGCGAACUUUGUAUCAUCGUCGAACGAUCGCAUUCGCGCUGACGAAAAUUUGUAGAAAAGUUGACGCGAUGUCUGCGGAUUUUCGGAAAGGCUAGAAACGUUCCGUGGACCGUCGGUCGACGCAUUCGCCAGGCUUUCAUUUCGGGGGCACGACUUCCUUUUAAUCUUGCCGUUAUUGGUGCUGCAACUGUCUACCAACAGGUACGGUAAUGCGAGCCGCAAUUCGAUCUAUAUACUCUGCGGCCGCUUAUACGUGCGCAUGUUUGUAAUGCGGUGCAGCUACUGCAGAGUCGAUUGCAUUCGUACAAAUUGCGGAGAUUUAAACGCCGUGGGACCGACCAACAGCUCGGCCAUCCUGGAACAUCCGUCCGAUAUUAUCGUAGCGAUCACCGCGAAUAAAUCUCCUCGACGAUCGUCGUUCCGUUCGUCGCGCGACGCAACUCCAGACGCGAUCGUUCCCACAAAUACAGAUGUAUAUCUCUGUUUUUAUUCACUCGAUUUAUUUGGAAAAAGAAAAACGGAUUGGCCCAUUCGGUGAUCGGAAGUACAAUACAUUUUCGCACAAGGCGCGUACACGUCGAUACGUUGCAUCGACGGCAAAUUGACAGAAAUCAUGGCGGUCUUCUGCAUCGAGUCCCGACAGAAUUGCAAAUUGCAUUCGGUUCAGCGCGACUGAUUUAUCAGCGGUAAACUGAUCGACAUUGACUACGCGGAUGGAAUGCUCGAUCGAUAGUCCGUUCGUGGUACAAGAGAAACGGAUGGUCGACGUGGCGGAUUUGUUCUAAGGACGGUUGUUUGCAAUUUCAAAAUUAUCAGUUAAUGGCAUCGCUAAGAUGAUAGGAGAAAGAAGGCGAAACGUUGUUUCUUCGCCAACGAUUCUAAACUGCCGAACCGUUCUUCGUUGUUCUCCGGAUAAGAUCUAUCGUUCGUACGAACGCUCGAGGAAAGAUAUUGGAUUUCAUUCGCUUCGUCUACGAUGAUGGUUGUUCGUAAGGACGCGCGGAGAACGUCGUAAAAUUUUAUGGCGCGACAGCGAAUGCAGAGUUCGUCGCAGUCGUAUUAAAAUCCUUCCGACUGCGGUACCAACUGGCGAUCGAAAUUAAACGACCGCCAGGACGCGUUCAGGUGCGCUCUCGCCGUAUCGAAGGUGCAUUCCUACGUGUAUCUCACGCGCUCUAUUUUCCUCGCGGCUCCGCCAUCGAUUUUACACGAGAAUACGCUUCUAUUCUUCCAACACGGCUACCGACGAAGGUCGCGCUUAGCGUUUCAAGCAUCGGUCCUCUCUACAUCGAAAUUUCUUCCUAAACUCCACUAACGGAGCAAUUCCUAUCCAUUCCGCGUCUCGUAAUCCUUUCUCUUUCUUCUCCGCUCCUUUCUCUCUGCUCUUUAUCGUUACUUUUGUAGAAUCCAAGUGCGACAGCAAGCGUGGAAUUUGUAAUCCUUUCUUCCAGGAGACGACUUUUCCAGGAGGCCACUAUUCUCCGUGUACCUUUGUCUCAUUUUCUACAUCGAGAUCUUCCAAACGGUGUAACGCAAUUUUCCUAGAAGUGAACCGCGAACAAACGUGUGAUUCCGAGGACACGACGAUGCACGAUUCCGCAUACAUAAAAUAAAUAAUAUUCAGCUUACCCGUAGCAUGACGAAACGUCGACAGGAUAAACGCGAAAUUAACGCAACGCUGCGAAAACGUACACAGAUCCCGUCGAAACGGCGACGGGGAGAAGACAGUUCUAGAGUCAAAGAAGGAACCGCGGCUGGCCGAUGAACGAACGAACGAUCUAUCAACCGAAGAGGAAGUCGAAGAGCACGAAGCGCCCGCCAUUCCCGAGUAAACGAAGAGCAAACUCGAAAAACCGUGCGUUUCUUUCUUCCGUUCUCGCCAUCUCCCGUGUUCCUCGCGACAGUAGAAAGGAAACUUGCACGAACGCAGGCUAAGUUUUAAUUAAGAUUUAAUCACUAAUUACCUGUAAUAACUAUUACUGUAAGUAGAAUGACACCGCGCGCGUACACGUACACGCGUGUAUUUUGUGUGUGUACAUACGAUAUUCCCCAAAAUAUCAGAUAGACAUAUAUACAUGUACGUAGAAUGCGUUAUCGAUUCGUCAAAGAAUCGACCGAUCAAACAAUUUUUCUUUCUGCCUAUUGCCUCGAUGAUCUCUCUCCCUCUGUCUAUUUGCUCGGUGGUCGUUUGAAAUCAAUGAUUUUCGCUGUGUGAACGAAAGGAACGAAGGAAAGAUAGUAAGGUAAAUUAUUGGCCAAGAGAAUUCCGUUUCCUAUCCUUUCGAAACUUUCUUACAACAACAGCUUCGUAAAAGAAGUUGCCUCUACGAAAAUUGCAAAUGAUAAAGAAAAUUCUCUACUCGCAGUCUUCCAAUCGGCUAAAUCUGCUUUCCUUUCUUUUUUCCUGCUUUCGAUCGACGACAGGCACGCCUUUUCUCCCUUUCCAACCGGACUGUUUCCAUCUUAGUAUCGCUGGCGCUUUGCCAACGAAUCUUCUUGUCGUGUUUCUUGUCGGUAUCGAGCAACUUGCUCCCACUGAUACCCGAAAAUAAUUUGUUCUCUACCCGUUGAAUCGUUUUGUGUCUUCGAACCUACGGAGCACCGCGUAUUUCUACCUUACUUGCGUAUUUAGAGAAUUAGUCGAUUACUCUGUCGUCUGUGUUUAAGAACAAGAAUAAGAGAGAGAGAGAGAGAGAGGGGGGGGGAGGGAGUAUUCAUAGAGCAAAAUCCAAAAAAUUGCAAGGAAAGACGAAAGAAGAAAGACAGCGAACGAACGAAGCUUACCUACGGUAAUCGGUAAUUUUGUGGAGAAACGACUGGUUUCCGAGCAACCGAAAUCGCGCUUAUUUUGUAGCGUAAAUGAAUAAAAUCAAAAGAGAUACCUUGCUCGCCUGCUUCUACAACAAUCAAAUUUAGCUAUUUUUCCUUUUGUCUCGAAAUGGAUCUCGAUUUGGUUACGCUAGUUCGAGGAUUAACGGCAAAGCGUGGCAAAGUCACGCGAGAGCGGUUACAGUUGAAAUACGAAUUUAGUUGGGUCGCGACAAUGUUACUUUGGAAAUUGCAGUUGGUCGAAACGCGUUUUUCAUUACUUGUAUAAUAUUAUGUAAAUAUACCAUAACGGUAAUAAUCGAGGAAUAGCAUCCCCUUUUAAUCGACGACAAGCAAAGUAAAAAGAAAGAAAAAGCAUAAAUCUGACCCAUAAGUAUUCUGGAUUCGCUAACUAGCAGGUUUGGAAAUUAUAAAUCAUACGAAAGUAUAUGCGUAUAUGUGUACGCGUCCACCUGGCCGCGUUAAACUCACUGCGAUCGCGAUUUCAAUGCAUUAUGUAUAAUAACAUUAUACAUACUAUACAUACGUAUAUAUAAGUACAUGCAUAUAUAAAUAUA